AGUUAUCCCCUCGCUCGUCCACACGCAUGGAAACACCUGACCACCGCAGGAGACAGCUAGAGCUCUUUAUUUUUCAUUGAAAACCUAACCCUCCUUCUUCAACCUCCUGUUGAUUCAUGCUGGUGCUUCCCCUGAGCAGGAUGACGGAUGUAGCGACGUUAGUAUCCGAGAAUCAAACAGCGGACGGCGGCCUGCGGCGGGACUUCAGGCGGCUGACUCGGCUCUACUGCAUGAAUGGCGGAUAUCACCUCCAAAUCCUGCCUGAUGGGACGGUGCAGGGCCAGAGGGAGGACGGGGAUGAUCACAGUAAGGCUGCAGCGCACUGCGCAUUUUACAUCCAGGUCAGACCUGCAGCAUGAUGUGUUCAUUUCCCUUCCUUGUAGGUGUGUCAGGUUCACAGACAAACACUGUCAAUAAAUCAGAAAGCUAAGAGGAGGCUGUUUGAAGGGAGGUUGUGUUUCGAAAACAGAGGAUAUCUCAGUUUUGGUUUUGCACAGAUCAAGUUCCUUUCACACAAAUUUGGUAUAUCUCACUCAGAGUAACACAACAGGAAUGCAUAGAGAUCUGGUGGACUAGGACUUGUGUAAUGGGACAACAUUUUGAUAGAAUUUAUUUCCCACAGGGCAAAUACCCCAUCUCACAAACAGGUUAAAACAACAAGUUAAUAUAAAAAAGCCUCUCACAUUCAUGUUCAGGCCUUAAAUUUAAUGCCAAUGCAGUGUGCCAUUUCAUAAAACAAAGAUCAACCUGCUGCGAAAACAUGAAGAAGUAAAAUUCACCAAGUCCAAAAACUGACAAAGAAGCUCUAGAUUUCAUCAGCUUUCAUAGUUUGAAUAGCGUUUUAAUAGUUUUUAUGUCUGCUUUUGUCCACUUUCAGGAGAGGGAAAUCAAGAAUGAUUGGAGAAGUCUCUUUUUUUUCUUUUUAUUUAUCAUUUAUUUAUUUAUUUUUAUUUGACCUGUAGGCUUUAGUCACCUUUCUGAUUCAGACUCUUUCUUCCUCUUCAGUUGUUUUGAAGCUCACAGCCAUGGACAUCGGAGUCGUGAUCAUCCAAGGAACUGAAGCCGGGCAUUAUUUGGCCAUGAAUGGUGAAGGACGGUUGUACGGUUCAGUGAGUAUCUGCAGCACACCUGAUGAUCUGUGUUAUAGUCGACCAUCUAAUGAUGCAGAUUUGUGUGAUAAUUAAAGUACAAGAUUCAUCACUAACCAUUCCACAGUCUUGAUCAACUUCAGUCCAUCCAUGUGCUGUCAGCUCUCUCUGCUUGUUUUGUGUUCUUCUCCCAGCCCACGGUGACAGAUGAGUGUUACUUCCUGGAGAAGCUGGAGGAGAAUCACUACAAUACCUUAUCGAUCUCAGAAAUAUCUGGAGGAGAGCUGGUAUGUAGCUCUGAAAAAGAACGGCAAACCCAAACCGGGUCCAAGGACUCACAUUGGACAGAAGGCCAUCUUCUUUCUGCCCCGACAGCUGAACGAGUGAAGACCCUCAAACCUCAACCUACAAGGAUGUGAAGCUGAUUGUGGAUAGAUUUGUAUUUUGCUAAGCCACGCCAUGCCUUAUUUUUGUUAUUCUCGCUCAAGAUCAAAACUUUAGUAAGGUUUCAAAAUAGCUGAGAGCCAGUGUGCUUGCUUAUUUAGGCGGAGACUACCUACUGUGUUGUCCAGAUAUUAACCAGAGAGCAAUGUAUCAGAGCUGAACUAAACAUGCUAUCUAUUUAACCCACAACUAACACAACACUAACACAACAUUAACACAACACUAACACAACAUCCCAUUUUUAUGGUAACAGGUCUUACCCAUAGACUGUAUAUACUAUGGACAACUUGGUUCUGCCUCCCGCCUGUAUACAGAUUUGAAGCCAAAAAGCUCUCGGGAUUUCCAGGAUUUUUCUUCAUUUCCUGAAAUCGGCGACUCUCGCGCAGUAGCGUUGUGCGCAUUCAGUGCGAGAGUCGCCGAGAAUCGCUGUGAUGACGCUCGGCUCAAACAGCGUAUCCCCCCCGGUGAGCUACGCAAUCCCUGAGCGCCCAUAGGCUGUAUCAGGUGUCAAUCAUAGAAAACUUGAACCCCCUAAUAACUUUUAAAAACGGAGCUUCACAGAAAGAAGAGGACUUGGGCACAAACCAGUCUGACUGUAACUACAUGUCAACAUCACAACCAAGGGGGAGAAAAGUUUAUAUUCUGUGUAAUAAAUUUCUAAAGUUUGUCCACAGCUCCAUAAGCUUUGCUGGCGGAGACGGGAUUUAUGACCUAUACUGCAGCCCAUCAACAGAGGGUGCUGUUCUCAGCGUGGCUUCACCCAGCGAGGAGGCAGACUGCGUCCAUUCUAUAUACAGCCUGUGGUCUUACCUUAUAGAAUACAAAGAAAAAAGGACAAUAUUAUAAACAGACACCAAAACAGAUUCAGUCUUGGUCCAACAUGUUGAGAAUAAUCUUCUGAUUCGUAGAAUUAGAGCCUCUAAAGAUGUCUUAGUGGGAAAAGGAAAUAACACCACUUUAAUGACAGCUAGUAUGUUUGAUGUUAACUAAACUCGAUAAUAUUAAGAAGUGUUUCCAGCUGUUAGUGAACUUGGUAAAAAAGUUUGCAGGACAUGCUGUUUUGCUGUGGCUCGGUGAUUAAAAUGUCUCAUAAAUCACUCCACUAACACGUGUUAACACAUGAUGGAUGAUUACUCUGACCUAGUUUGAGGUUAUAAACUCUGAGUCCUCUCUAGUUUGACUGUCUGUAAUCUGUACUUUGCUGUGAAGUGAUGCCAUGAGCAGCUUAUGAAGCCUCUCACUGCUCUGUCUGUGCCGCUGUGGAAAAAUGCUGUUUCACACUUUAGACUGUUACACUGAGCUGCCACAUGAUGCCACCAAUGUGUAAAAGCUGCACUGAGCACUGAUUUACAUACUUAAAGGCUGUCAAUCUUUUCAAUGUUGUGCCUUAUAACUCUCUAACAGCAGUGAGGAAUAUUAUACUACUUGUCUGUGUCAAUAAUCCAGAUGAAUCAGACGUGAGGCAUUAAAAGUGACAUUUAUUUAACACUAAACAUUUUCUGUACAGUUUCAUAUCAACAAAACCCCAGGUUUAACUCUACAUCACAUAGAAAGAAGCAUAAUGAGUCGUUACAGAAGCCUUGGUGAGUGUAUGAGUUGAACUGAUAAGGCAAACAGUUCGGUUUGCAGGGCCUCCUUGAUUCUUCUCAUUGGCAAGUUAAAUCAAAAACAACUCCACUAUAGAGCGCAGGGACAAAAAUCCAACACCUCUGCAUCAUUCAUUUCUUGUUUUAUGUGUCCGGGCCUCAAAGUCAUGAUGAAACAAUCCUCUGGGUUUUAUUGGUUUUGUUUCUGAAAGUGCACCUGCAUACAUAACAUUCUUUGAUAUUGGCCUUACACCCAUAUAACAGCUAACUUCCUAUACCUCAUGAAUCAUGGUCUUUAAAGAAAAAACACAUAUUUCCCUUCUUCUUCUUCUUCUGUCAAUUAAAUCUUAAGGCAAAAAGCCCACCUGAAAAUGGGAUGAGUUAUUUUUAUGGUCUCAGAUAAACUGAUCCAAAUGUCUGAGGGAGAUCAUUAAGAGCUGAAAUCCAGACAGCAGAGAGUUUCCUCUCUAAUCACAGAGAGGAUGAGACUUCACUGACUCACUGCAGAGUCAUGGAAAGGUCAGGCUCUUGCAUCUAUGUGAGCUUUUGUGGGUAUAUGAACCAGAAAAUGUGCUCAUAUGUGCAGAAAAAAUCAUCAUCUCGGUUGCUGUAAGUGUCCAAAACUUCGGCAUCCCCACUCUGUCAGCUGAUCUGCUCCGGGGGAUCGUCUCCUGACAUUUAUAGCCAUCUGUUUUCUGGCUUGAUUAUCGUUUACAAACUCAAACUGGAUCGUCUAAGAUCAUAUCUAUAAACUAAAACUCUAUUUUCAGGGUUAAUAAUUGUCUGAUUUAAUGCACAACAAAAAAAUGUACCAGGCGCUCCACUGACACAGAGUUUAAAUCACAAGCAUGAACGUGGCAUGAUGACAAUGUCCUUGAUGAGCAAACAUCUUAAGAGCAACAGACAACACUGCCCCCUCCUGGCUGAAAACAAGGGCAACGCUACUUAAAGCCAACAGGUGAGAGAAAUAAGUGAACAUCUGUUAUCCAAAUAAAAGCUUUAGAGUGUAAGCAGUGUCUAAAAUGAGCCUCUUAUCGCCACAAUAAAAUAAGGAGGUGAAAUAAGUGCAGAUUACUAGGAUUCUUGCAUGCUACGGCAAAUCUACCAAAGUGUGUAUUCAAACCUGCUGGCUUCAAGUGUCACCAACAUGAGACUCGCCCUUCUUUAAGGGCAGAUGCAUGCUUGUAUGCUACCACCAAAUGAUAUAAGGCAUUACUUAUACAUUACAGACAGAGAUGUAAAUAGCACUUGACAUUCGCCACUAAUGAGUACAUUGAGGGACUAUUACUGUUAACCAUUUUCCAUUAAUAAAGUUUCCAAAACAAAAUGAAACAAGUGAUAUAAUUCCUGAAUAUUUUACGAACAGUUGUCUUCAUCCGUCCAAUUUCUUGUUAAGGGUCUUCACUUUCAUCUUAAACUUUUUGCAGAGUCGCUUCACGUGUCGUCCAGUUCUCCAACAUCAAAGAUCCUGGAUUAAAGUACGGAAAAGAGGUGCACAUCAAAACAGCGGUACUAACUAGAUAUCUGUCUGUUUGUUAUGUUUACAAGAAAACUUGAGAUUUAAACACCAAGAAACAAUUGUAAAAAGCCUUGAAGGAGUCUGAGUAUGAAUUUUAAGAGAACUGAUUUCAGUGAAGGUCUCCGUUUUAAGGCUUUUAACUAGUAUUUUAAAUUUUCCUUACAAUCUUAUGUGGUUCUAUCUUAUCUUAUGUUGUUGCUUCUAUCUUGUUUUCAAAGAUGAGAUUAAUCUUAAAUAAUUUUAUUUGUUUUUACUUAUCACUGGUGCUAGAAUCUUAUGUAUUUCUAUCCUUUUAAGCUGUUCACUCAUUUACUUAUUUUUCUCAGGGUUUUUUUUUUUAAUCCUAUCUUAUGCUUUUAGUUUUUAACUUGAACUCCAGUGUUUCUUUAGGGGGUUCCUCCACACUGGGAGUUGUGUCUGGGCUGCUGCUGGAGGCACUGUCUCUGGGUCUCUUUGGCCCGACUGGCCGUUGUCUGCCAGGGUCGGGGGGCCUGGGCGCUGUUGGCCCCUGUGGCACAGCCUGCGGCUCCUCCCAGUGUGGAUGGCCCCUAAGACGGUGCUUCCUUAAUCCUCAUUUCCAUGCCAUGUCUCCCUAUUGUCAGUAAAGAGAGUGUGCAGGUGCGUGUGUGUAUCUGUGUCGUAUGGAGGGUGGGGCUUUAUUUGUAAUAGUUUUUUUCUGUUUCUAUUUUUCCAUGUGGGUAAAGCACUUUGAGUUGCAUGUCCAUGCAUGAAAAGUGCUCUAUAAAUAAAGUUUUAUUUGAUAAUAUUUUAUCCCCUCCAUCAUAACCCCUUUCACUGUUUAUGCCUUCCAUGUUUAAGCUGACAGUUUGUAUCUAAAAACUGCAUCUAUUUUUGAACCACGGAGGAAAAGUUUUUAUUCAAGCUGUGAUCAGCUGCUUGAGUUGCAAACACACAGUUGAUCAGUGCAUCAGGUUGUCUGAAAUAGCUUGCCAUUUGAUCAAGCCUAGUACGCUCUCAUCGUAACCUGACCACUGAACACCACUCUUGACUUUAGUAAAUUUAUACAACACAACAUUAGCAGGUGCUGUUAAAAGGAGAGCUGCAUUCAAUCCUUAUUAAGACCUGGACUUGUAUUUCUAGGCAAUAUCUGAAAACUUGCAAUGAGAACUACAGCCUCUUCAGACAGGCCGCACACUUCAUCCACUGAGCUCGACUGGUACUGACAUAUUUUUCUUUUUUUAAUCAAAGUUCAGAUCUGUAACAAUGCGGAAAUCUCCAGUCAAAUAAUAUAUUUAUGAUGCAGAGUGUGACAAGAUUAAUACGACAGUUCAUACCUUUAGUAGAUGAAGAGUACUCUUGUUCGAGGAAGAGUGGCAUAAGUGGGAUCAGCCAGUUUACGCACUCUGGAGUAGUUAACGAAGCCUCUGAUGAACAGCAUGAAGCCUGGAGAUAUAAUGAGAUGAAUUCAAGUCAUACAACAAAAUCCAUCAUGAAUAUCAUCAAGAAAUUGUGUUUCAUUUUUAAGUUUUUGUUUUUUCUCUUUCUUUCUUUCUCUCUCUUACCCAGAGCCAGGAACACCCACCACAACCAGUACUGCCCAUCAAAGUAUCCGGGGAAGUAGGUCGAAAACUGGAAGAAAUAUGAGAUAGCACAAUCGAGACUGUUUUAGGGACAAUCUGAGAGUUUUAGUCGAAUACACAUGAACCAUCAACAUGUGAACAUGCAUCUUUGAACUGUACUGUUGCUGGUAAAUGUUCAUAAAGCAGCUCUCACCCUAACAAUAAGAACCCAUUUGAUGAGUGACAGGCCGAAGCCAGAGAUGGCUCCGUAUCGGCCAGCGGCUGAUGUGGUCAAACAGAAAGACAAGAAGAAGCCAAUCCAGUUGAACAGGAAUGCCACUGGAGGAGGGAAACGCAUAAUAAGUCAAUGACAAAAAACACAAAGUUUGGUCAAAUUUCACACAGACAUUGAACCCAACACUGGACCUUAGUCUAGCACUUCUGUGCAAUAUGGGCUACGUGCAAUAUCAAUCUGACAGUAUUGAAUGCAUUUAUUUAUUAUUUAUCGCUAUAAUACACAUAAUUAUUUAUUAAAUUUCCAUUACUUCCUUACCUAUAAAAUAAUCUAUCACUAGCACUGACAUGUUUACUUUGCACUCUGGUGAGAUGUGAAAAUACUUUUCGCUGUACUGUACUUGUACUGUACAUUGACAAUAAAUUGAAUCUCAUCUCAUCUCUUAUCUCAACUGCACAACCCAGACUGAAUGAAAGGGGAGUGCAUCAAUGGCCAGGUUUGUUAACUUCAACACUGACUUUUUAACAAGCUCUUUGUCCAAUAAAGAUGAAGUUAAAUGACUCUUUCAGGACUCAGAUUCUAUCAGUCUAGUGUUGAAUUUCUAGUCUAGUUCUUACUGAAGAAAGUGAGCAUGAAGAUGCCGUCAUUUCCUAUCCGCAGCUGGUCAGCAUCUUCAAAGUCAUCUCUGGCAACAAAGUCAUCUUCCUGCACCAAGACCAAGAAAUUAUGGCAUUAACUUUAACUUCUUUUUUCAUGUUCCGUUUAUGUCAGGUCAGUCAUUGGGAAAAUUUCCAAUUAUCAGCGUACCGUGACUCUUCCAGGGACCAGGGGGACGGCUGCCUCUUCUUUGCUUCUUUCGGCUUCAUCGUAGGAGGGUAGGGUGGUCGCAACACUGUAGGAUGGAGGGUUGGGAAAUCUCCCUCCAUCUUCCUUGUAUUCAAAGAAGGCUGUGGAAGCAACAAGCAAAAUUAAUCACCCACUUACAGAUGGAAAUAAACUUUCUAAUUACCCUCACUCACGUGUGUGGGCUCAGCC